UCUUUAACACUUAGGUGUUCUUAUAACUUUCUUAACAAAUUAGUCGCCCUGAUAACCUGAAACGGUCAACUUGUGAACGCUAGACAUCCGUGAUUUCUACUAACGAAAUGGCAAAGAAGAUGUUACCGGGACCAAUAUGUUUGCUUUUGACUAUUGGCGUUCUACUGCUUGCCAACAAUAUGCCAAGAGUUAGUGGACAAGAGCUUGAACAACCACCGAAUACCGCGUCAGAUCCUAUCUCAAUAGUAAUAAAUCAACCACAAACAUCAUUAGUUAUAGGAUCGGACUUAGCUAAAGAACUAAUCGCAAGCUUACUUGGUGGCAAACCAGCUGCUGAUGGAAAUAAAAAUGAACUUGAUAAGGUUGUGAUAAAUAAUGCGAUGGAAAAAGAUAAGGAGAAAAGUAGUGAAAAUAAGAAUGGCAGCUCUGAGAUUGUAACAACUAAGCCUGAAGUAAGUACAGAAACAGCAAAAGAAACAGAUAAUUCUGAAAGUACGACAAAGAAAUAUGUUCGCCCUAAACAUGUGCAGAAUUAUUUGGAAUAUCUUGAUAAUAUAAACAAUUACGUACCAUCGUACUAUGGCAAUGGGCGGUUCGUGGUAGGUUAAAUAAAACUUGACUGAGCAUCAUACAUUGUGACGAACAUGUUCAUUCAAUUUGUUUUUUUUUUUUUUUGUUUUUU